AUGCCAGCAGCUCAGUGGACUACUAAGGAACAAUACAAAUGGCUCCAUGAACAGUUGCUGGAGUAUAUUGCACUACACAGCGAGGACAAGGACUACGCACACUUCUGGGCCAAGACUCAUCUUUAUUGGUUUAAAAGUUGGCCUGAGCGAGCCGCCCUCUUCCCCGAUAUCCCCAUCGAAAUACCACUAACAGAAGAGCAACAAGCUGAAGAACUUGCUGCCGAAAAAACGCAUAAAGUACGAUUGCAGACCUGGUUCCAUUGGCGGACAAACGCGUCCAAGAAAAAUUGUGGCCUCAAGAAGGAAAUCUCCGUAUUUGAAAGCGCACUGCUGCCGAAGUCGCGCGCAAAAUCUGUCGAAGAAAUCUACAUGGAUAUGGUCUACAAUGAACGGAUCAAACCUCUAGUAGCGGCUGAACAAGAGGCAGAGCUCCUGGAAGAUGAGUCAGACGAGGUGAAGAAGGAGGUGAGAGAGAAGUACAAUAAGCAGAAAAAGGUAAAGAAGGACAUGCUACACGAUAAAGCUGACGAUGACGACGACGACGACGAAACCGACACUGAUGCCAUUGUGAAAGGUAUCGACGAUUUACCAAUCAUAUGCCAGCGCUUUGCACGCCUCAUCAAGAAAAAGACUCGAUUUAUAGUCUCCUUCAUGUGCGCUGGACCGGACCUGAGGCAGAAUUGGAAUAUCGUAACUUUAUUGUGCCAUCCAUCAGAAACUCCUGCUGGGAACGACUUUUCUCAGUUAUGCCCUGACAAGGACAACACUUUCCUUGCCGCAUACCAGGAAUACGCUGAGUUGAUAUUCCCUCCGAACAAGCAUAACCCACUGCUGCCAGAUGUCGAAGAUGGCGAUCAGACUGAGGAGCUCGAAGGAUGCAACAGUGGCAAAGAAUUCGAGGAUGGUGAAGAGAAUGACGAAGGACAACAUGGUGAUUCCAUCGACUGGGAUAAUAUAGGCUUCGCAAGUUCCUCGACCGGAAUCAGUGAUGCAUCACCACUCGGUGAACUCAAUCAAUCCGCACUCUACUCUGAGACACAGGCACAAUGUGAUGCAUCAUUCGUACAGGCCCAGCCUGAUGCACCGUUCAAACAGGCCCAGCCUGAUGCAUCAUUCAAACAGGCCCAGCCUGAUGCAUCGCUCAAACACGCAUGGGACAACAUUGCCACCGUGCCUCCCAAUUCGUUUAGCACGCUGCAAUCCAGUGUGCCUGGUACUGUCGAGGCGCUUGGGUUGUCUUUUUCCCAUGCUGAUCUUAUGGCACUGGGUUAUUUUGGUAGCAACAACACCACGCAGAACUUAUUUUCCCCCGCAUUCAGCUCAUCAGUGCCCUCAUUUGACACACAAUAUGACACGCACACGUGGAAUGGUGCCAAUUCUGAUUCACAGGGGUGGGAGAUGCGUAGCCUGUCCUCCUGCUUGAGCUCUCCAAUAUCUGCCAAGCGCAGCACUGCCAUGACUGAGCAGGAUGACGCCCUUCCUCAGUUCACUCAACAGUUGCCCAUUCUUCCAGCAGCAAAUCCUCCUUCGCCAACUGAGCAGGAUGACACCCUUCCUCAGUUCACUCAACAGCUGCCCAUUCUUCCAGCAGCAAAUCCUCCUUCUCCGACCGAGGGCAUACAGGAUCUUGCUGACACUCACGCUGGUGCUGGUCUUGCUAAGUCAAAGCACAAAUUCAAGUCAAAGCCCGCUACCAAAGUCAAACACAAUCCCGCCAUGGAGUCCACCCCCAUCAUCGCACCCAUGAACACUGCCAAACCCAAACCCAAACCCAAAGCAAGACCUGUCGCCAAAUUAACGGAGACAUCGCACACCGCUGUGGAUGAAGGCAAUCCUGUAGCUCAACGUGCCUCAAAACGAAUUCCAAUCAAAUCCAAGCAGAAUGAUAUUGCUGACACCAUUGGGUCAGAUGGUCUGACAUUUGUUAGCAUUGGUAAGGAAACUCAAUCUGUUUCAGAGGAUGCUAGGGCAAUGAAGCAUCCCGCUAACUCAACCGUGGAGGGUGUGAUUUCUGCAAAGAAAAACCGAACGAAGGCGUGA